ACUAGCCUAAAAGUAACUAAAGUAAAGUUAUCAACAUAAAGAAGCACUUCACCAUUCUUCAUAUAACUCAUCCAUGCAGAUUAUUAUCGAGGGAAAUAUUGGAUGCGGGAAAACAGAUCUCAUAAAAUAUCUGGGAGCAGACUGCCGUAUUCAAGCUUUUGAAGAACCAGUUGAAAUUUGGAAAACGAAAGACAACCGAAAUUUGCUGGAUCUAAUGUACAAAGAUCCACGCAAAUACGGCUUUGACUUUCAAAAGCUGGUUAUGCAAAGCAUGAUGGACCGCCAAAAAAAUCUUGCCACCGAAACAAUUACUGUAUUUGAAAGAUCAAUUUUCAGUGCGCGUUACGUUUUUACUGAAAGUCUGCGCUCGAGCGAACUGCUGGAGAAUGUGGAGUACGAAAAGCUUGACGAACUAUUUCAAAAUUACUCGGCUAAACACCUGCCAGUGACAAUGAUUAUUUAUCUCAAAGCUUCGGUUGAAACUUUGCAACAACGAAUUCUUUGCCGCGGACGAGAAGAAGAAAGUUGCAUCACAAAGGCGUAUCUUACAAAGCUUAAUGAACUUUACGAUACAUGGCUCAGUGGAAAGUGCUUUCCGGUUCCCAGUAUUAUUAUGACUAUGAAUGCCGAAAUUCCACAAGCACAAUUAUAUGCUGAUAUCAAGGAGCAGAUUUUCCGCCUCAUUUAAUAAUACCACCGUCCCGCAGCGCCGCAGUCCCGCAGCGCCGCAGUCCCGCAAACCGCAGUCCCGCAACCGCAAGUUCUGCAACGCCGCAGACCGCAGCCCUGCAUAUACGCAGCCCGGCAUUCCCGCAGCGCCGCACACCGCAGUCCAGCAUACAAGCAGGCCCGCAGUAUGCAGCCCAGCAUAUACGCAGCUCGGCAUUUCCACAGCGCCGCAUACCGCAGCCCAGCAUACAAGCA